CAAGAAGUAUUGAAGAUGCCACCCAAAGGAAAAAGUGGUUCUGGAAAAGGGGAUAAAGGGGGAGCAGUGUCUAGGAGUGAUAGUGCUGACAAGAAUGCUCAGGGUCCCAAAGGUGAUGGCAAUGCAAUAAAGGUCAGACACAUUCUAUGUAAAAAAUGCAGCGGGAACCAGCACAAAAUUAUGGAAGCCAUGGAAAAGUUAAAGUCUGGAAUGAAAUUCAAUAAAGUGGUCACACAAUAUAGUGAAGAUAAAGCCAGGCAGGGGGGUGACUUGAGUUGGAUGAUCAGAGGAUCCGUGGUGGGAUCAUUUCAAGCAGCAGCAUUUGCCUUGCCAGUCAGUGGGAUAGAUAGAUCUGUGUGUACAGACCCACCAGUUAAGACAAAAUUUGGAUAUCAUAUUAUCAUAGUUGAAGGGAGAAAAUAA